GACGUAAACGAUGUCGAACCUCAGAGGAUCGUUGUGUCUCCUCAGAAGCUGCUCAGGUGUGUUCAGGCGUCCGUCGUCUCGUAGCUGCAUCAGCGUGUUAACUUCCUCUGGCUCCGGCUCUGGCUCCGGCUCCGGCUCUGGCUCCGGCUCCGGCUCCGGCUCCGGCUCCGGCUCCGGCUCCGGCUCCGGCUCCAGCUCGGGUCUGGUCCUGCUGUCCCGCUCCACAGACGUGCACCAGAACCUGGCUCUGGAGGACUGGAUUGACGCCAACGUGGACCUGCAGCAGCGCAGCGUCCUGUUGCUGUGGAGGAGCCGGGCCGCCGUGGUGAUCGGACGCCAUCAGAACCCGUGGAGCGAGUGCAACCUGCCGGCCAUGAGGCGGGCCGGGAUCGAUCUGGCCCGCAGGCGGAGCGGCGGCGGGACGGUCUUCCACGACCUCGGGAACCUCAACAUGACGUUCUUCACCUCGAAGAAGGCGUACGACCGGCAGAGGAACCUGAGGGUCGUCACGGAGACGCUGACGAGGCUGAGACCAGAGCUGGACGUCAUGGCAACCGACAGGUUCGACAUUAUACUGAAAGGACACUUCAAGAUCUCAGGCAGCGCGUCCAGACUCAGCAGGAAGUCGUCGUACCAUCACUGCACGCUGCUCCACUCGGCCGACCGCUCCGCCCUCGCCGCCGUGCUCCGCCCGUCCUGCCCCGGUAUCCAUAGCAACGCCACGCCCAGCGUCCCCUCGCCUGUGGCCAACCUGGUGGACCACGCCCCCUCGCUGCGGUUGGAGGAGCUGCAGGAGGCGCUGGCGGACCAGUACAACACAGAGUUCGGGUUCAGCUCAGCGUUGACCUCUGUUGACCCCUCUGAUGAGUCAUCGUUUCCCGGUGUGAGCAGCGCUGCCGCAGAGCUGCAAUCGUGGGACUGGAAGUUCGGGAAGACGCCGAAAUUCAGUGUCCAGACGGAGCUGCAGCUGUCGGACGGCGUCUCCGCCCGGCUGCACCUGGAGGUGAAGAGCGGCGUGAUGGAGAGCUUCCGGCUGGACGUGCCCUCUGAUUGGCUGCCGCGGCGGCUGAGCGACGAGCUGAGCGUCGUGCUGCAGGGAGAACGGUUCUGUCCUCACCGCUCGGCUGCAGGCGUCGCUGCGCUGCUGCGGAACGAGAGCGGAGAGACGCAGAACAGACUCAACAUCCUGUGUGACGCUGUGAUGGCAGUGAUGGGAUGAAACAGGCUCAGACUCAUGAUGAACCGGACUCACGAUGAAUCGGACUCACGAUGAAUCGGACUCACGAUGAAUCGGACUCACGAGGAAUCGGACUCACGAUGAACCGGACUCACGAUGAAUCGGACUCACGAUGAAUCGGACUCACGAUGAAUCGGACUCACGAUGAACCGGACUCACGAUGAAUCGGACUCACGAUGAACCGGACUCACGAUGAACCGGACUCACGAUGAAUCGGACUCACGAUGAAUCGGACUCACGAGGAAUCGGACUCACGAUGAACCGGACUCACGAUGAAUCGGACUCACGAUGAAUCGGACUCACGA